UUGAUAAGAGUUGUUGUCUUUUUAAUUUAGUUAGAUUUGCAAUGUCAAAGCGUUCUUCUACCAAUUCAAAGAACAAUUCUGCAUCAACGUAUUCUUUAUCGUAUUUGAACCCAUACUUCAAUGAUGUCAGAUUUCUCAUAGCCUACAAGAAGGCGCAUACCUCAGACAGUCCUGAAGACGUCUCCACAUUGGCAUCGAUCACUCGAAGGGACAAAUUCUGCAAAAAGUGCUUCCUAACCAACGAAUUGUGUCGCUACUAUGCCAAAAGACUGAAGAUGCCGAAGGAAGGAGUCAAUUUGCAGUCAAAGAAUAUAAAUGUCCAACCAGAUGGGAGGAAAGAAAAGGCAGAGAUUAAAGCAGAGGAAGGCAUGGAAGGAGGAGCAGAGGAACAUAGUAAGGGAGAUGAAAGAGGAACACAGGCAGAUGAAGAAAUAGGAACUCAUGGGGGAGUAGAGAAGGAAGCAGAAGAAGGAUCACAGGGAGGGAAAGAGGCAGAGAAGAAAAAGAAGUAUAGAGGUAUUAAAAUUCAACUUCAUUCUUUAAUUGAAGGCAUUUCGAAAAAAGAAAAUAUAUAA